UCGCUGUACGGUUGAGGGGCAGUUGAUUCCAAGUGUGCCACCGGGACACAGCAUCGAUAACCAUCCGGGCUUUGCCGUACCUCUCUGUCCACGUAUUUUGUAUACAUAGAGUCCCGUGUUUUUCCAACCGAUCCUGCGAUCCGAGACCCGGUGAAAAAUGGUCGAGUACGUCACGGAAGAGGACGCCUACGAGUGCACCCUCUCGGAGGAGACCCAAGAGAUGGCCAAGAAGGAGCUCAGGGAGGACAAGAAUUCGCGCGACCAGGCCCUGGAGCAGAUCCGUAGCUGGAUCAAACUGAACCCGCGCAUCGAAAACUGCAGGAUGGACGGGAAAUUCCUGCUGAAAUUCUUGCGCUGCAAAAAGUUCAACGUGCCCAUGUCCCAGGAGGCGAUCGAGCGCUACCUCCUUCUGCGCCAGGUCUACCAUCCGGCGUUUCACAAGCUCGACAUCACCGAGCCCAACAUGGACGAGUUGCUGAGACUGGGCUAUAUCUUCGCCGUCCCCGGCCGCGAUCAUUUGGGCCGCCGCGUUAUAGUCGCAAGACCCGGUGUCUUCGACCCAUACAAGUUCACCAACGCGGACAUGUGCAAGAUCCACGGGAUAACGUACGAGAGCCUCAUGGAGGACGAGGAGAACCAGAUCCGAGGCUUCGUGCACUUUGCCGACGGUGCCGGGGUUAGUUUUCCCCAUCUGACCCUCUUCACGCCCAAGGAGGCCGUGCGCAUCGUCAAGAACGGCGAGCGAACGCUGCCGAUGCGGCACAAGGAGGUGCACGCGAUCAACGCCCAUCCGUCGCUCAAGUUCGCCCUCGACUUCGGCAUGUCCUUGAUAUCGGAAAAAAUACGCAGCCGCGUCAAGCUCUACACCAGCCUCGAGGACGCCAAGAACAACAAGAUGGACACCAGCAUGCUCCCCAAGGAGUACGGCGGCACCAUCCCCAUGAAGGACAUGAUCGAUGCGUGGCGCAAGGAGCUGCUCGAGAUGCGACCGACCCUGUUGAGCCACGACAAAAUGAGGGUGCGCGAGGAGAUGUACUCGGAGAAGGCGCGGGAGGGCGCCGUUUCGGCUCUGAAACAGGGCUUCAACUGCUCGAACCAGACCGGCGAGUCGACGAUGCACGGUGUCUGCGGCUCCUUCCGGAAACUCGAAGUCGACUGAUCCCAAUCGCCAACAAUUCACAUCGUAUCGUCAUUUUUAUCGUGCACUCAAAGUUCAAAGAGUGCCUUUAUUGGCGCACGUCAGUGCGCGAAAAGAGAUAAGUAACAACAGAAGCGCGCUCGCGUCUCUCU